AUGCCGAGCAAAAACGCGAACGCGCCAAAGGCAGCACCCGCGGCGGUGGAUGCGAAGACGGUUGACAGGAAAGAUGUCAAGACUACCGAGCCACUGAACCCAAAAACCACACACUACGAAUUCGCCGGUCCCAUAGGUGCGCUUGGCGUAACCCUCCUCACCCCAGCCUUCACCUACCUCCUCUACUUCGCCUGCAACGAAACCUCCUGCUCCUCGUCCUUCCUCUCCCUCGCUUCUCUUCAAUCUCAAUGGCCGGGGUGGGCUGGAUUGCUUGAUCCUGAAGCUAUCAGGGCGUAUCUGAAGUGGUGGCAGUUGUUAUUGGUGUUGUGGGUUUUCAUUCCUGGGCCUUGGGUAGAGGGGACAGAGUUGAGGGAUGGGACGAGGGCGCAGUACAAGAUGAACGGGUUCCGGACUUUCGUGGGCGUGAUUGCGAUGCAGGUUGGGGUGUUGUUGUGGUACGGGCCCAGACAUGCGGUGUUUACGUUUGUGUGGGAGCACUACCUCGGACUCAUCACCGCCGCGUGUCUCUUCUCCUUCGCACUCGCCAUUCACGUUUACGCAUCCUCCUACAUCCCCGCCAAGAAUGGUGGCUCUAAGCUCCUGGCAUUGGGCGGGAAUUCUGGGAAUGUGAUUUACGACUUCUUCAUUGGCCGCGAAUUGAACCCCACCCUCAACCUCCCCUUCCUCCCUGACCAACCCUUUGACAUCAAACAGUUUGCCGAACUCCGCCCGGGUAUCAUUCUCUGGGUCGCUCUCAACAUCGCGUUUGCCGCGCACCAGUUUGUCGAGUUUGGGAGGGUGACGGAUAGUAUUGUGCUUGUCUGCGUUUUCCAGGGAUGGUACUGUUUGGAUUCACUGUGGAAUGAGGAGGCGGUAUUGACAACAAUGGAUAUCACGACAGACGCGUUCGGGUUCAUGUUGUCCUUCGGUGACCUCGUCUGGGUUCCCUUCACCUACUCGCUCCAAGCACGAUAUCUCGCUUCCCAUCCCAUUGAUCUGGGGUUGUGGAAGUCUGCGGCGAUUGUAGCUGUGCAGUUGACUGGGUACUACAUCUUCCGCUCUGCAAACACCCAGAAAAACACCUUCCGCAACACCCCUACCCACCCCUCCGUCUCCCACCUCACCUACCUUCAGACCUCCUACGGUACACGCCUCAUAACAUCUGGAUGGUGGGGAACUGCACGUCACAUCAACUACCUUGGUGACUGGAUCAUGGCGUGGGCCUGGUGUCUCCCCACUGGAUUUGCGACGCCAAUCACAUAUUUCUAUGUCGGGUAUUUCGCGGUGUUGUUGGUACAUCGGGAACGGAGGGAUGAGGAGAAGUGUGGAAGGAAGUAUGGGAAGGAUUGGGAGGAGUAUAAGAGGAGGGUUCGAUGGAGGAUCGUGCCGUAUGUGUAUUAG